UUGCCACAUGUUGGGCUUACACUAUAUUUAUGCUUCAAAUGGGUCUACUGCUGACAACAACUGCAGCGAACCUGACCCAAUCACCACACCAAAACCAUACAUACCAGAAACAGAGCCAGUCACCAGUCACAAGCCAUCCCCUGUGGUCAGUACCGUGUCCAAUACAACAGCGUCAACAAGCACACAAGAUACUGCCCAUUACGAUUCAUCUCGGGACCUUGGGAAAAAUGAUAACAGUUUUGCCUGGCCUCUCGUGGGUGUCGUUCUGUUCCUGGUGAUGUUGAUACUCUUCAUUGGGCUGAUCAUGUUCUGGCGCAAGCGUAAGGGCAAAUCUGUGUGGGUUUGUG